AUGCCUUCCACCAUGGAUAAUCCGGUCGACGAAGAAGCUAUGGGCCUACAUGUAGAAGCCAACAACAUCACAUUCAAGUUUGUGAUUGUGUUUUUGUUCAAAUGUAUCGCCCACAUCGUUACUCACCUGAAACCUCCGGCUCGCGUCUGGAUUAACUAUUACUGGGGAACAUUGGGGGAAGAAGCUCUUAUCAUGCCUCCAUCCCCAUUUAGCUUUAUUAUCACUAGUUUAUGUGUUUUUGCAGAAAUAAAAUCCCAGGGAUCUCCAUUUCCUUUCCAAACGCACCCUCACUCCAUGAAUGUAGUCAUUACUACUCUACUCUUCUAUGGUUUGGCGUAUGCAGCAGAACAUUUCAUGUCGGCUACAUGUGUUGGUCCAACUUCAGUGUAUACCAUUAUUGCUCGUUCAAAAGCAUUGGGUAGCAGGAAUUUGGAAAUUGACAUCAGCAUGACAUGCAUCCAUUUCUCUAUUGAUUGUCUUGGGGGGCAUUUGGAAAGGAAGAUUGGAUUUCUAUCAAUCAAAUCCGUGCAACAAUCUGAUUUGUAUUCGAAACAUAACGCAAUGUACCUCACGAUUGCCAUUAUCAUUGAGCUUUUGUAG